GGGAUUGUACGAAAAGCGAUAAAGUCCAAAGGCUAUACAAAGAUGGCGAACGUGGUGCUCGAGUUCAAGGCUUCUGCCGGAGACUCGGAGCCCCAAAAUCGCCCGGUAUUGAUUGUCGGUCAACUGAAUAACCUGCAGAAAGUUAACUGGUCUCAAGUCAAGGGAAAAUUGCAGUCAGCUGUCAGUGAAAAGGUCUGGCAGGCUGCCCUCAGUGCUCUAAACCCUAACCCUACAGAUAGUUGCCCUCUGUACUUGAGUCAUGCAGCUGUUGCAGCGUUGCCCUCCCGGGUUAGCAGACACAACAGCCCCUCCUCUGCCCACUUCCUCUCCCGUCUGGUCCGCACCUGCUUGCCUGGAGGGACGAACCGCUGCAUUCUGAUAGUGUGUGAGCGGUCAGAUGUGUUUGCCUCGGCCUGUGCUGUCGCCCGGGCCUUCCCCAUAUUCUCCCGUCGCUCUGCCACCUCCCGCAGAACCGAGACUAAGCAAGUCACGGUGGAGUUUAUGGUCGUGGGCCAAGACAAUGGACCUCUGGACCCCAAUACACUGAUGUGUCUUGUUAAUGCUGCGGAUGGAGUGAGACUGGCUGCACGGAUUGUGGACACACCGUGUAACGAGAUGAACACGGAUCACUUUUUGGAGGAGAUUAAGACUGUGGGAUCUGAACUCGGCAUUACUCCUGUUAUAAUUCGUGGAGAUGAACUGAAGCAGAAGGGAUUUGGAGGGAUCUAUGGAGUGGGCAAAGCAGCAGUGAACCCCCCUGCUCUGGCAGUCUUGAGUCACAAACCAGAUGGCGCCACCCAGACUAUUGCAUGGGUGGGCAAGGGCAUCGUUUAUGACACUGGCGGCCUCAGCAUCAAGGGAAAGACAAACAUGCCUGGGAUGAAGAGAGACUGUGGUGGGGCAGCAGCCAUCUUAGGUGCUUUUAAAGCUACAGUGAAACAGGGCUUCAAAGACAAUCUGCAUGCCGUUUUCUGCCUGGCUGAGAAUGCAGUUGGACCCACUGCAACACGGCCAGAUGAUAUCCACACUCUGUACUCUGGAAAGACAGUGGAGAUCAACAACACUGAUGCUGAGGGAAGGCUGGUGCUGUCUGAUGGUGUGGUCUAUGCCAGCAAGGACCUCUCUGCAGACGUCAUCCUGGAUAUGGCCACUCUGACAGGUGCACAGGGGAUCUCCACAGGGAAGUACCAUUGUGCUGUGAUGACCAACAGUGAGCAGUGGGAGAUGGCGUGUGUGAAGGCCGGCCGCAGCAGUGGAGACCUGGCUCACCCCCUGGUGUACUGCCCAGAGCUGCACUUCAGCGAGUUCACCUCAGCUGUGGCGGACAUGAAGAACUCAGUGGCUGACCGGGAGAACGCCACAAGCUCCUGUGCAGGCCUCUUCAUUGGAUCCCACCUGGGCUUUGACUGGCCUGGAGUCUGGGUCCAUGUGGACAUAGCCUCCCCUGUCCAUGCUGGGGAACGUGCUACCGGCUUUGGUGUGGCUCUGCUCCUGGCACUGUUUGGCCAGGCCUCAGAAGACCCUAUGCUCAACCAGGUCUCUCCCCUGGGGGCGGGUACGGUGAAUGCUGUGUCCGGGGAGCCGAUGGGGCAUGACUGCAAGAGAAGGAGACUGGUGUAAAGCCUCCGGGCACCACCACAUCUGCCUCACCCAGGCCCUGGCCCAUACACCUCCACGCUCUACAAUGACAUGCACUGAUCACCUAGAAAGCAUUUCCAAACAUCCAGUUCUCAUUCAACUCCUUAAAGAUGUAGUCAAUAAAAUGUAAUCGUAUGUGGACAGUA